AUGCCUGGCUCGGCGGAGCAGGUCGUGAGCGAGGUCGGCAAGCGCCUCGCGCAGCCGCGCCUCGGCAAGGACGCCCUCGUCAAGCUCCUCAAGCAAGCUGAAAGUGCUUUAUCAGAGUUGAGUCAGUCCUCCUCUUUGCAUGAUGCUUUACGUCCUUUGAGUAAAUCACUGGUCCAGACCAGUUUACUCAGCCAUAAGGACAAGGAUGUCAGACUUCUUGUUGCUGUCUGCUUUAUUGAAGUUAUGCGAAUCCUUGCACCUGAUCCACCUUUUACUGAUGAAAUAUUUAAGGAAAUAUUUAGGCUUUUCAUCAGCGAGUUCGCAGGGCUUGCUGAAAGUGGCAGUCCAUACCUGACAAGGAGGAUGAAAAUUUUGGAAAAUGUUGCUGCACUUAGAUGCUCUGUAAUUAUGGUCGAUACUGGCUGUCAGGACUUGGUUCUUGAUAUGGCCAAAAUUUUCUUCUCGGCAGCAAAGCAAGGUCUUCAGCAAUGUGUGCACCAGGCUAUGGUAUCAAUAAUGACACAAAUAUUAAAUGAAAAAGUCACUCAAGCUCUCCUGGAUGUGAUUUUCCGCAAUUUAGUAAAAGAGGACAAGGGAGGAGCCCACAAGCUUGCUGUUGACAUCAUUCAAAACUGUGCCGAGAAAUUGGAACACACUGUUCGAAUGUUUUUGUCAUCUUGCAUUUUCAACAAGGGUGCACCGGUCAAUGAACACAAGAAACUGCAUCAUAAAAUUAUUCUAGAAUUAUUCCAGUGUGCGCCCCAGAUGCUCUUUGUUGUUAUUCCAAGCUUAACUCAUGAGCUCCUGAGUGACCAGGUUGAUAUCCGACUGGAGGCAGUACAGCUGAUUGGGAGGCUUCUUGUCUUCUCUAAUCUUCGCUUUGGUCAAGAAAACCAGUUAGUAUUUAUGGAAUUCUUGAAGAGAUUCUCUGACAAAUCUGCAGAAGUAAGAAUUGCUGCAAUUGAUGCAGCAAAAGUGUGCUUAGUAAGGCUUGAAUUUUUUUCCCAGAAAGAGAUUGCUGUAUCAUCUGGAAAUAUAGCACAGGAUAUUCUUAAAUCUCUUGAAGGAAGGUUACUGGAUUUUGAUGACAAAGUGAGGAUCCGAGCUGUUUAUGCAGUCUGUGAUUUAGCCAAAUCAAAUCUAAGCUCAUUUCCUUCUGAGUUAAUGUUACAAGCAGCAGAGAGGCUACGUGACACAAAGAUCUCUGUGAGAAAGAAUGUAAUGCAUAAGUUUGUGGACCUUUAUCGAGAUUACUGUGAGAAAUGCUCCAAAGGAAUUGCGACAAUCACCCCUCACUAUGAACAAAUCCCAGCUAAACUUCUUCUAUGUUUGGACAAAGAUUGUGGAUCCUUCAGGUCACAGAAUAUGGGGCUUAUAUUUGCUGAAGAAAUCUUUCCACCAUCACUUUCUCCAAAAGAAAGAGCAAUGCAUUGGGUUGAGCUUUUUAAUUAUUUCAAAUCGCAGCAUGUUAAGGCUUUGCGCAACAUAUUUUCUCAGAAAAGAAGGUUGCAACUGGAGAUGCAAGCAUAUUUAUCACUUCGAGCAAAGAAGGAGGAACCUUCAGAUGAAAUAGAGAAGAAAAUUUGUGGGUCAUUUAGGAAGAUGUCUUCUUUCUUUGCAGAUAUCCCUAAAGUUGAAGAGUGCUUUGAGAAAUUGCACCAGAUGAAAGAUAAUAACAUAUUUAAGGAUUUGACUGAACUAAUUAAGGAGGGCAUUACUUUUGCAACAGUUCGGUCAAUCAGAGAUUCAUUUCUCAAGAGAAUUGGUAACAAACACCCAAUUUUCAACUUCUGCAAACAACUGUCUACAGAACUCUCGCACUCACUAUUUAAUUGGGAGAUGAUCUGUGCCAUUUUGGAGGCCCUUCUCUCCUGCAGAAAUGAAUCGACUCAUUUUGCAGAGUCUGCAUGUGAUCUUCUAUUGCUAGUUGCACUGGUGUUUCCAUCAUUGUUCCGUGGCUCAGAGGAGUAUUUGCUAAAGUUGUUCUCAGAAGAGUCGGUCCUGAUAAAUGAGAAGACUCUCCAAAUGUUGGCAUAUUUGGCAAAAUCAGCGUGUCAUUUAUCUGUUAAUUUCAGUAGUGAUGUCUACCUGUUACUGGAGCAAAAGUGUAUUGAUGGAACACGUGCUGAAUCAAAGUAUGCCAUAUCUGCAAUUGCCUCUCUGAUACAGUCUCCAGAUGACAAGAAAUUUGCCAAAUUAUGCAAGAAAGUUGUUGGUGUCCUGAAAAAGACAUACAUACCUGAUAAUCAUAAUAUCCCAACACUUUUACAGUCUUUGGGCUUAAUACUGGAGCAUUCUCCUUCUAUGUAUACAUCAUAUGAUGAACACAUUAUCAAAUUCGUUCAACGUGUUUUUGUCUCAUCUGAGUUUGUUUCAACUCCUGGACUGUCACCCCCUGAUGAAAAUGCCUGCAGUUUCUCUUGUAAACUGAAGAUUUAUUGUCUCAAGGUACUUGUCAAAAGUUGUUCACCAAGAACUACCGCCCUGGAUCGAAUAGAGAAUUUUUUGAAGAUGUUGUUAGAGAUAAUUCGCGAAGAAUUCACGUCCAUAACUAUAUGUGAUUACGAUAAGCCAUAUCUGAGACUGGCUGCUGGGAAAUCUGUACUGCGACUAGCUACAAGAUGGGAUUCACAGAUUUCACCAAAAUUAUUUCGCACUGCCCUUCUCAUGGCCAGGGAUUCUUCAUAUAUUGUUCGCAAGUCAUUCAUCUGCAAACUUUAUGGCCUUCUGAAGAACCAGGCAAUACCUAUUAGAUAUGCAUGCGCUUUUGCAUUGGCAUCAACAGAUUGCGCUGGAGAUGUUCGUACUGAAUCGCUUAGGUACUUGAUUGAAGUGCUAAAAGAGCAAGGGGGAGUUUCUGUUCAUCAGAACAGAACAAGCAAAGAUUCAAUAGUAGAGAAUCCAACAUACGCUGUUGUUUUCCUUAUCCAUGUCCUGGCAUAUGAUAGGGAGUUUCCUUUAAACUUUUCCGAAAAGGAGACUAUCUCUUCUGGGUUUUGGAGCCCACUUGUUGUGAUGUUAAGAGAGCUCGUUGAAAUAGACAAUCCAAACCGAACUGACCAUGGCCCCACCAGUUCUGUAUCCAUUCUUUUAGGCAUUUUUAGUGCUGUUCAGAAGGCUCAGGAUCUGUCUUGUUCUGAUAUCACUCAUAAACUGCAUAUUCUCUCGAAAAUUGGUUUACUUAUGGUAAAAGAGCUUGAUAAGUAUUGCAAGAUGUCAGAUUCUCCACGCCAUAUUCUCUUGCCCUCAUCUUAUUAUAGAUUCUCUGCGAGUGAGAGAAAAGCUGAUGAGUGCUGCCAACUAGAUUUAAUUACUGAUGAUUUUGUGAAGAGAAUUCUGAAAGCUCAUGAACCUUAUAAUCACCAGGAGCAUACUGAAUGUUCUAUUAUUACUGAGAGGCCAUCUAAAGAAUCUGCUCCUAAAAGGGGAACUCGUUCCUCAUCAAACAAAUCAUCAGUGGGACCGCGUGCAAGUGGUCAGGAUCAAGUGAAAGUGAAGAAAAGUUCAGUAGUGGCGGAAGAUGUCUCCAAGAAAAAUGAUCAGAAUAGUAGUCAUAGCUUGGAAAAGGACAAGGUGUCAUCUUGUGGUUCUGCCGGCACAAAGUUGUCAUCUCCAGGGUCUUUGGGUUUGACCAAGGAAGGUGAAUCUAGAGAUCGUGCUUCACUCUUACAAAAUCAAAAUCGUCCCACUGUGAAGAAGAUACCUUCAAAGUCAGAUCAGAAGUGGGAGUUCAUUAAUGACACAAUGUUAACAGAGGACAUUCCUGAUUGCCAUCCCAGAGAUUGUGAGCUAGACGAAGAUGUUGGUGAUUGUGAUGAUAAUUUUGUGAAAUGUCCUUCAUCCAACAACAAAACAGCAGGGGUUGGCCUCAGGAAAAAAAGCAAGAGGGCGUUAGAUUUGAGGAGUGCACAGAACUCUGGAUUAACUGCUGACACAGUAAGCAAUGUUCGAUGUACUAGAUCAAGGAAGGUGCAAGCGUGACCAUAUCUAACUGGAGUUUAGCUGACCUCUUUGCGAUAUAUUAAUGCAGAGUUCUAGAUUACCUCUUGUGCAUCCGAUAGUGGGCAUUGCAGUGAUGAUAGAAAUCCUGGUUUGGACCAUCAUGUUACGUUGUAAAUAGAAAAGUGAUGGUCGAAUUAGUGCUUAUAUUAUCUGUUAUGUAAGGUAUCCAAUCAAAAGUAUGCCCUGGAAGAUUAGAAUGGCAUUGAAGACCUCUUUCCACAACUCCUCUCGUCCUCUUCAAUUGAAGGGGCUACGCACCAUGAA